AUUGUGAAAGGCAGAAUUGGAAACCCACCAAUCCAUUCAAGGAUGGGAAAAAUGGGAUCUUCAGCGGUUCUUUUUGCUGCCUUUGUUGCUCUUCUUUCCCUAAACUUGCCAUCAACCACCAAUGCUAAUUAUAUCUAUGCUUCUCCUCCCCCUCCGCCUAAGAAGGUAUACUAUCCGCCUCCAGUAUACCACUCUCCUCCACCGCCAAAGAAACCGUACUAUCCACCUCCCGUCUACCACUCUCCACCACCACCUAAGAAGGUGUACUAUCCACCUCCCGUCUACCACUCUCCGCCACCACCUAAGAAGGUAUACUACCCACCUCCCGUCUACCACUCUCCGCCACCACCAAAGAAGGUGUACUAUCCACCUCCCGUCUACCAUUCACCACCACCACCGAAGAAGGUGUACUAUCCACCUCCCGUCUACCAUUCUCCUCCACCACCGAAGAAGGUGUACUACCCUCCUCCCGUCUACCAUUCUCCUCCACCACCCAAGAAGGUGUACUACCCACCACCAGUCUACUCUCCACCACCACCCAAGAAGGUGUACUACCCACCACCAGUCUACUCUCCACCACCACCCAAGAAGGUGUACUACCCACCACCACCCGUCUAUUCUCCGCCUCCACCGAAGAAGGUAUAUUACCCACCACCCGUCUACUCUCCGCCUCCACCGAAGAAGGUAUAUUACCCACCACCCGUCUACUCUCCACCACCACCAAAGAAGGUAUACAACCCACCUCCAGUAUACCACUCUCCACCACCACCGGUGUACCACUCCCCACCACCUCCCGUCUAUUACUACUCAUCACCACCACCACCUCCACACUACUAGGAAUUAAAUCUCCUACGUCAAAGGAAGGUGAAGAUGAGAAUAUAUAUAUGUGGAAGUCAAAAUAAGAGGCUUUGUUGAAAGAUGUGAAGCACAGUGUGAAUUUUAGUUUGGUGCAUAGGGGAAUUAAUGAAUUAAUCUAGUAUAUUUGGUGUUUUAUUUUUCAUAUAUUAUAUUAUUAUUACAGUUUUCCAAUAUUAUUGCAGUUUUAAAUUCACAAGUAUUUGCUUGUAAAACAGCUUAAUCCCAUGUUGUCUUUGUCUGUAAUGGAGCUCAGCUCAGCCUUUUUUGCUCAAAGCAGAGGUUGUGCUUUAUUUUAUAUAUAUAUUUAUAUCUUAAUAAAUGCAUUUUCAUCGCA